AUGUGUUUGUACCGCCGGCUUGCCGCCCUCGGGCUUCUCUGUGCUUCAGUGGCCAAGGGCUUGGAUCUCGACACUUUUACAGGUCAAGCUCAAGUUCUUGGCCGGCAACGAGAGAUGAUCCUGAACCAGAAUCAAGGCGAUGAUACGGCCAAGCCCAUGCGCAUGAUGGCUGAGCCAGAGGCAGAUGAUUCAGAUGGGAAAUGCACUAAGAAAAAAGGUUGCAAGCUCGGUUGCUGUGGUCCUCUGGACAAGGAGGGCUUCGGCAUCUGUGGCACUGGCCCCAAGUUCUGUGGUAAAGACUGCACCUCAGAGUGCGACUACAAGUCAGAAUGCGACCCAGGCGGCUGGGGCCUCAAAUACUCCAACUUCACUACUUGUCCACUUAACGUCUGCUGCAGCGACUACGGCUUCUGCGGUACCUUGUCCAGCUAUUGCAAAGGCAAGACAGUUGCUUCACCCAAGUGCGACAAGGCCAAGCACUCAUCUGACAAGAGGACUAUUGGUUACUAUGAGGGCUGGAACUACCAGAGACCUUGCGGUAACAUGGAGCCUGAGGAUAUCCCCCUCGGUUAUUAUACUCACAUCAACUUUGCAUUCGCUCUAGUCAAUCCCGAGACUUACCGCCUUGAUCCGAUGGACAAAGGAACAGCUUCUCGUUAUGGCAGGGUUUCCGCACUGAAGCAGCAGCAGAGUAAUCUCCAAGUUUGGAUCGCUAUUGGAGGAUGGGCCAUGAACGAUCCGGGAAAAUAUCGAACUGUCUUCUCAGAUCUGGCUAAAUCUGAGAAGAAGCAAGAUGCCUUCUUUGACUCACUCAUUACGUUCCUGCAGCGGUAUGACUUUGAUGGCGUUGAUCUCGACUGGGAAUACCCGGUUGCAGAAGACAGAGGUGGCGUUGAAGAAGACUUUGAGAACUACGUUAAUCUCUUGGCCCGCCUAAGGAAACGUCUCAAUUCUUCCGGUCGCAAGUAUGGCUUGACCUUGACACUGCCAGCGUCAUAUUGGUAUCUUAAGGGAUUCGACAUUGUCAACAUGGAAAAGUACCUCGAUUGGUUCAACAUCAUGACAUAUGAUAUCCAUGGCGUCUGGGAUGAGAAUAUCGAGUCUCUCGGUCCCUACGCACAUGCGCAUACCAACCUCACCGAGAUCCAGCAGGGCCUCGAGCUUCUCUGGAGAAACAACAUCAAUCCCGAGCGGGUUGUCAUGGGACUUGGCUUCUAUGGUCGAAGCUUCACCAUGAAGAGCGCCAAUUGUCUCGACGCUGGUUGCGAGUUCAGCGAUGGGGCCAAAGGCGGAGAGUGCACUGGAACCAAGGGAGUUCUCUCAGCGAGUGAAAUCAACAAGAUCAUCAAAAACGGAGGCAAGAUGAAGCUCGAUGAGGAAGCGGCCGUCCAGAUCGUUACAUGGGAUUCGAACCAGUGGGUCUCUUGGGAUGACGCUAAGACGCUUAAGAUGAAGCUUGACUACGCCAACGAGAAUUGUCUUGGAGGUACCAUGGUCUGGGCCAUAGAUUUAGAUGACGGAACGUUGAUUGAGGCUCUCGGAAAGGGGAUCAAGCGCAAGAAGUCCCGUAUCAGCCCCCCACAGAAGGUGGUGACCUGUUUUGGAACUGGAAAUAUUGAUAAGGAUGAGUUGUAA